AUGAAAAUCACGCUCGAUUUAUUUGAAAUCAAAAUUGAGUUGGAUGUUAAACCUCAUCAGACUGUCACCGAACUCAAAGGGCUCAUCCUCUCAAAAUUACAAAUUGUGCCUUCGCAACAAGAACUUUUCCUCGGCGGAACACGCCUUUUCGGAGAUCACAGGCUCUCGGAUUACCAAAUCGAAGAAGGCAGCAUCGUCCGACUUGUGCUUAGAGUCGAUCCGACAUCAGAAUUUCAGAUCUUCGUCAAUGACCUGAACGGAAGUUCCCAGUCUUUUUUGGUCUCUCUUGAUGAUAGCGUUUUGAAAUUGAAAAAAAAAAUCAGUGAAGAGCGUCAUAUCGAAGCCGGGAAUAUACGCCUCAUACAUUGUGGCAAAGAACUCGAAAAUGACAGAAAGCUGGAAGACUACAAAAUUCGUGAGGUGCGAGCUGUGUGGUCGCAAAAUCCUUCUUCGACGGUCUUAAAAAUUACCUGUGGAACCCUGUUGACCGGCGGCUUUUUCAUUGUAAUCGAGGCCCUCUACCUCUUACUGGCCGAUUGGACGAAACUUUUGUUGAGAAGUGAAAAAAAACUCAGAACAUACGAGCUGUAUGCUCUAAAUUUCGUUAAACUAUCUACUCCUGUGUUUUCCAUAAUCGGUGCUAUGGGCGAAGUGCUAAUCUUGGAUUCCUCGGCGAAGAAUAAUGUCAGUUUAGGAGAGUCCUUGAGGCAAUUCUCUGUCAUCGGCUUUUUGGUAGUCGUGGGACUACAUUUCAUUUUUGUCACAUAUUUUGUGAAAAAUUAUGGAAAUGGUGUGUCUUUACAAAAGCAUCUACGGGCGCUAUUAUUGUACAUCUCGGCCGCUCUUAUUCUAGUUGAGUUGGUCUUCAGGGCGAUUGUUUUCUUCUCCAAAGUGAAGGACGUUAUUAACAGCUCUGAAUGGGUGUACUACAUUUUCGAAGCAAUACCCGAGUUGGUCUUUCUGGUCAUAUUUGGUGGUGUAAUUUUGGGCGAAUGGUUUUACGCAGUUGACGAUGAUGCAGAAUCACAAGCUGUCAGCAAUAUGAAAAGUUGUCGAAAAUGCGACGUGACCAAGUCCGAGAUAAUGAUCACAAACAAGAUGACGUGA